GAGGAGGAAGCUGCAAGUUCAAGUGCUGCCUCUGGACUCUUACAAUGUGGCCAACUUGAUCUCAGAGUGUCUGGUUGUGUUUGUGUGCGCCACCACUGGCCAAGGGGACCCUCCGGACAAUAUGAAGAACUUCUGGAGGUUUGUCUUUAGGAAGUCGUUGCCUGUUGGCUCUCUGAGUCGGCUGGACUGUGCCAUCCUGGGCCUGGGGGACUCCUCCUAUCCAAAGUUCAAUUUUGUGGCCAAGAAGCUCCAUAAGCGCCUUCUGCAGCUGGGUGCCAGCGUGCUGCUGCCUGUCGGGCUGGCAGACGACCAACAUGACCUGGGGUCAGACGCUGUGAUCGACCCGUGGCUCACAUCAUUGUGGGAGAAAGUGUUUGCUCUGUACCCAUCUUUGGCCGAUGUGAUUCCACUGAGGGACGACGAACCGCUCCCUCCGACAUACACUUUCCACUUCCUGGAUGACGUGAAGGAGACGAAAGACGACAGGCUGAGGAUUCCCACGGAGCAAACCGUCCCCUCCCAGUCCCGUCCCUUUCCCUGCAGACUGGUGUCCAACAGGAGAGUAACAGACGUGUCACACUUUCAGGACGUGAGGCACAUUGAGUUUGAUAUCACUGGAUCCAGCAUAGAGUUUGCUGCCGGUGACGUGGUGAUGAUGCGUCCCUGUAACGCGUCAGAGGACGUAGAGCAGUUCUGUCAACUGCUGAGACUAGAUCCAGAGGCCAGGUUCACUCUCAGGCCCACAGACCACAAUGCAGUUCCAGCCAGGCUUCCUCAGCCCUGCACUGUGCGCCACCUGGUGGAGAGCUACCUGGACAUCUCGGCCGUGCCUCGCCGCUCCUUCUUCGAGCUGCUGUCUACCUUCGCCACCAAUGAGCUGGAGCGCGACAAGCUGGUGGAGUUCAGCUCGGCGGCGGGCCAAGACGAGCUGCUCAGCUACUGCAACCGGCCCAGACGCACCACGCUGGAGGUCUUGGCAGAUUUCCCCCAUACUACAGCCGAACUCAAAGCAGACUAUCUCCUAGAUCUGUUCCCAGAGAUCCAGCCUCGCUCUUUCUCCAUCGCCUCCUCUCUCCAGGCUCACCCACGCAGGCUUCAGAUCCUGGUGGCCGUGGUGCGUUACAAAACCAAGAUGUAUAAACCACGAAAAGGCCUCUGCUCCAGCUGGUUGGCCUCCCUGAACCCUGCACAAGGUCUGAAGGUGCAUGUGCCCCUUCGUGGGUGAAGAGGAACGUCUGAGUUCCCUAAAGAGAAGGACACCCCUGUGAUAAUGGUUGGACCCGGAACAGGAGUGGCGCCCUUCAGGUCGGCUUUACAGGAGAGGAUUGCAGAGGGAAAAUACGCCAACGUCCUGUGCUUCGGCUGUCGCUCCGAGUCUAAAGACGUCUAACUCUCCAGUGAGUGGACGCAGAUAAAAGGCCGGUUUGACAUUUUCCACUGAAUGUGUGUGUGUCAGGAGGACAAGGUGUACGUGCAGCACCGUGUGAGGGAGAACGCUGGGCUCCUGUGGGACCUGAUCGCCAAUAAAAGUGCCUGCUUUUACAUCGCUGGCAAUGCUAAAGAGAUGCCAGACGCUGUGUGUGGUGCUCUGAAAGAGGCAUUUCAGAAGGAGGGGGGCGUGUCCGCAGAGGACGCCGAGCAGAUGCUGGCGACCAUGGAGAGGUCGGGCCGGCUCCAGAGUGAGACCUGGUCUUGAUCACGUGACCUCAACCCAGGCUGGACAAGCAGGACGGUAACUUUUCCCGUCGGUCGCUUCAGCCUAUUUCAGAGGAGGCAUAUAGUUGUUCCUGAGGUGGAGCAGGGCCUCCCACAACACCUUGCAACACUUCUUAAUAAUAUCCUAUAAAUUAUACAUUUCCUUUGGUAGAAUUUGAGUACGUUGUAGCUUCCUCAGUGUUCACGUUGAGCUGCUGCCAUGUUGACGGCGUGACGCGAUCCCAGCAGUCAGCAGCAGGGAAGUCCAUUCUUCGCCUCAGCAUGUCUGACAAAGUAACCUAAUCUCAGCGGUCAUCACUCUGACAGUUCCACACAGCAGUUGGUUGAAUUAAGGUGCUGCAGUUCACAUCGCAGUCUCUAACACCGCUUCAGACUCACUGUCGUCCUGCUUGAAAAAAAGCAGACGGGCCCCGGGAGAAACAGUUGAACCAGGCUCCACUUUUGCUGCAACGCAACGUCAUUCAGUGAGGCAUUCCUGGUACUUUA